AUGGCUGGAGGGUCGCUUGGAGACAACUUGGGAUUGAAGGAAGAUGUCAUCAAAAGGGUGUGUGGUUUGGCCUUCAAAGCUCACAACCACAAGUCACCAGAUAAGCUCUACUUUUAUGAAAAGAUUCAAAUUUCGUCGGGAACUUAUAAUGUUUUCAGCUUCUCGGGAUCUUGGGAUGCCACUGAAUGGUUUGUUAAUAAACCCUUUGGGGGAACCAAGAUAGAUCUUACCCUAUUCCCUUCACUCAGAAGUAUUGGUAACGAUGAAGCUGCUUUGGUGAACGAAGGCUUCGCAAAGAGAUUAUAUCACAUAUUCAAAACUACCUCGUUUAGAUCCGAGGUGAAUAAGGCUAUAGGAGAUGGGAAGCAAGUAGUGUUCACGGGACACUCCUCUGGUGCUGCUAUGGCCAUUUUUGCAACAUUUUGGACCUUGGAAGAGUACCUUAACCCAACCAAAACUCAGAAACCGAAGCCACCCUUCUGUGUUACUUUUGGGUCUCCCUUAAUUGGCAAUCAUAUAUUCUCUCACGCUUCAAGGAGAGAAAAUUGGUCUCGCUAUUUCAUACACUUUGUUCUGAGAUAUGACAUAGUGCCACGGAUUUUGCUUGCUCCCUUUUCUUCUAUUGAGCAAACUUUUGGUUCUAUUCUCCAAUCCUUAAAUCCCAAGUCAAAAACUUCCACCCAAGAUUCAACACGGGCUGAAUUUUUCUCAACUGUGAUGAGAAACACAGCCAGUAUUACAAGCCAUGCUGCAUGCAUUCUAAUGGGUAGCACAAAUUUGUUACUUGAGACCGUGGCGAAUUUUGUUGACUUGAGCCCUUAUAGACCUUUUGGAACAUAUAUCUUCUGCAAUGGAAAUGGACAACUGAUUGUGGUGAAAAACUCUGAUGCUGUUUUGCAACUAUUAUUCCACACUUCUCUAAUAAGCGAUUUGGCAGAAGUUCCAGAAGUUGCCAAUGUUAGCAUAUUGCAACACCUGUCCUAUGAGGCUGAGUUGGAGGAUAGCUUGCAAAUGCAGAAUGUAGUGUACUUGGAACAACUUGAGGAUCUUCCCUUGUCUGCUGAUGGUUCUAAUGGUGAUGUUGCAACAAUUAGCGCAGCCUUAGAUGGCCUUGGACUGAGCACAAAAGCAAGGCUAUGUCUACGAGCAGCAGGUGAGUUGGAAAAGCAGAAACGUAAAAACGAGGAGAAAAUCAGCAAGGAGAUUGAGAAGAAAGCGGUGGCAAGCAUGAAGGAACUUGAGAACUACAAAACAGCAUGCGAGGUGCACAAGGGGAAGGGGUAUUACGAUGCCUUCAAGGUGCAGAAGGAGGGAAACGACUUUCAAGCAAAUGUGAAGAGGCUAGAGCUGGCAGGGGUAUGGGAUGAGGUGAUUGAGAUGCUAAAGAGGUAUGAACUCCCAGAUGAAUUUGAAGGGAAGUUAGAAUGGAUUCAACGUGGAACCAUCUACCGUCGCCUUGUGGAGCCUCUAGACAUAGCCAACUAUUAUCGCCAUUUGAAGAAUGAGGACACAGGACCUUACAUGAUCAGGGCCAGGCCAAAACGGUAUAGAUACACUCAGAGAUGGUUGGAGCAUGCCAAGAGGGAGCCAAAACCUGUUCCUAUCACUGAAUCCACCUUCUGGGCUGAAGUGGAAGAGCUUCAUAGCUGGAUCAGUAGCAAGAAGGCUUUUGAUGAAGUCAGGGAUAGAGUUGUGCAACUUGAACAUGACCUUAAAAAGUGGACUGAUGAAAGGGAGCUAACCAAGGAUACCUUCUUAAAGGAUCCUAACUUCAUUAAGUGGUGGGAAAUUCUACCUCAUGAACACAGGGCCACUUCCUGCAUAGCUGCUCUUGUUGCUAAUGCGAAAGGAUAG